AUGGAAGGGUCGAGUUUUGGAAUAGACACUUUGUUGUCCAACGCUGGUUCUGGGAGCCCUAGUAGGUUAAAUGGAGACUUUAGACUUGGAGAAAGCAGAUCAGGGGAUUUUAGGAGCGUGGGGCCCCUCUCUCCUGGUUCGGAAAUAGACACUGUGGGGAGUAGCCCGUCAUCUCCUAUCUCAGUCACUAUGGACUCAACAGAUCAGCACCGUCUUGUGGACAGCGUCCAUCACCAAGCGCAGCAUCUUCAUCACCUGCACCACAGCCAACAACACCAAACUUUACAACAGUCUCCCCAACCACAGCCAGGGCCAUUGGGCUCAGCUGGGUCAGCUCCUAGAACUGCUACCUCUUCCUUCUUAAUUAAAGACAUAUUGGGAGACAGUAAACCUUUGGCUGCUUGUGCUCCUUACAGCACCAGUGUGUCCUCUCCUCACCACACUCCAAAACAUGAGGGCAAUGGGUCCUCUGAAAGUUUUCGACCAAAACUAGAACAGGAAAUGCAGGAUGGCAAGGGAAAGUGUGAGAAGGUCCGGGAAGAUUUACAUACAGAUAUCAAGAGCCAUGGAACUAAAGAAGAGGGAGAUCGAGAGAUUACAAGUAGCCGAGAUAGCCCCCCAGUUCGUUCCAAGAAGCCCAGGAAAGCAAGAACAGCCUUUUCUGACCAUCAACUCAACCAGCUUGAACGCAGUUUUGAACGGCAGAAGUACCUCAGUGUUCAGGACCGAAUGGACUUAGCAGCUGCCCUUAACCUGACAGACACUCAGGUCAAGACCUGGUAUCAGAAUAGAAGGACAAAGUGGAAGAGGCAGACGGCAGUUGGGUUGGAGUUGUUGGCUGAGGCUGGGAAUUAUUCAGCUCUACAGAGAAUGUUCCCCUCUCCCUAUUUUUAUCACCCCAGUCUUCUGAGCAGUAUGGACAGUUCUACAGCUGCAGCAGCGGCAGCAGCAGCUAUGUAUAGCAGUAUGUAUAGGACUCCCCCAGCUCCUCACCCACAGCUACAGAGACCCCUUGUCCCCAGGGUGCUAAUUCAUGGUAUUGGUCCAGGGGGGCAGCCAGCACUUAAUCCCCUGGGAAACCCAAUCCCUGGUACCCCUCACACACGGUGA